AUGCCGCAUCUCUACAACCUGACCGUGGUCCCGGCCGGCUGGCCCCUGGAGACCGUCCUCGACGCCUUCGUGCACUUGACGGACUACGACCCUGCUGUUGCCGGUGCGCAGCGCGCCCGAGAGGCGCUGGCGGCGCGGCUGGUGGAGCUCUGGGCCGCGCGGCCGGCGGAGGCGGCGGCCUGGCGCGGUCUGAACGAGGACCGCUCCCAGGAGCGGCUCGCCGAGCUGCUCCUCCAGCACGCGCGGAGCGAGGUGAGCCGGUUUUUCGUCCGCUCCUUCUCGGAGGCGGGGCUGGAGCGAGAGGCUCGGAGUUGGCCGCCUCCGCCGGAGUGGUGGGAGGCUCGGUUCCGCGCUCUCUGCUGGGAGCUCGCUGGGCGGCUGGCGGCGGCCGAGGCGGAGGCCGAGGAGACGGCGCGGAAGCGGCAGAAAGUGGAGGAGAAGGGCCAGGAGGAGAAGCAGCUGCGGGAGGAGAAGAGGCAGCUGGGCGAGCGCCUGGAAGCCGCCGAGGCCGAGCUCCAUUCCGCGAAGGAGGAGGUCGCCCAGCAGAAGUUGCAGAACGCGCAGCUCGGCUCCGAGCUCCAAGCCGCAAGGUGCGACUGCGAGCUGCUCACGGAGCGCCUGGCAGCGGCAGAGGCGACGUUGGCAGACAAGGCACGCGAGCUCCAGGCCGCGCAAGGCGAGGGUGCUGCGCAGAGGCAGCGGUGCGAGGAGCUUGCGCGGCGCUUGGAGGCUUCAGAGGCCGAGGCGUCAGGAAAGCAACGUGACGUCCAAAGGUUGCAGGACGAGUGCAAUAAGCACAAGGAGCAUUGCGAGCAGCUCGCGAAUCGCUUGGCCACGGCGGAGGCCGUUUCUGGAAGCAAGGCAGACUUGCAGACGCUGCUGGAGAACGCAGCUCUCAAGGAGCGUGGUGAGCUGCUCGGGCAGCAGCUUGCAAAGGCGGAGGCCAAGUUGAGCCAGAUGCAGGCACUGUGGGAAGAGCAGGGUGUGUACAAGGAGCGCUGCCGUCAGCUGGAGCGCCAGCUUGCCGAGGCGAAGCAACAGUCAAAGUACUUGGGUGAUGGCUGCUCAGCUCCUGGUAUCCUCGGCCACCGUGGCGCAGGCAGUGAGUCCGGUGAAGCCUCCGAGUCAAACUUGACGGAUCAGAUGGGCUACACCUUGGUGGAUUCCGAUGGCGACGCUGCCUCGUCGGUUCUGAGCUGCUCCUCCUGGUUUUCUGUGAAGCCUCACUGCUUCAUGCUGAAUGCCAUCUUCAAGACUCGCAGCUACGGCACCGACUUCUUCCUCAUGGGCCGGGACCUUAAGAAAGGCUCGCAGGUGGUGGCCGGAGAUGAUGCGACGAUUCUGGAGGUGGCCGCCAACCCAGAGCUCUGCCGGGCCACCGAGGUCGUCGACUUGCAAGCCGGAGCUGCCAACCUGCGGGUGACCCCGGACCACCUCGUGCAGGUCCCGGAUGCCACAGGUGACUCAGGGACGAACCUCUAUGUCCCGGCCGGAAAGCUGGCCGCGGGCGAUCUGGUGAUGCUCGAUUCCGGGGAGCCCAUCGCCCUCACCAGCGUCGCCAUUCGGCCCAUGGAGUGCGAGGUGCUGAAGAUCACGUUCGAGCCGCACCUGCCCGUGGCCGUCUUCUCCUCCCCUCCCUGCAUCCUCAGCUUGGGGCACAAGCCGAAGCCACCGAUCCGCCGCGGGUGGGAGAAGAAGCGGGGCCAAGCUGGCCCAGUUCACCGCCAGCACGUGCCGGACGAGAGCAGGGAUGGUGGAGCCUCCAUCCCCGCGACGGCCGGCGAGUACAUGGACUAG